GACCUUGGCAACGAGGAGCGGAAGCAGAAGUUCCUGCGGCUCAUGGGUGCUGGGAAGAAAGAACAUACUGGCCGCCUUGUUAUCGGAGACCACAGAUCAACCUCUCACUUCAGGACAGGGGAAGAAGACAAGAAAAUGAAUGAAGAAUUGGAGUCUCAGUACCAACAAAGCAUGGACAGUACGAUGUCUGGACGAAACCGCCGCCAUUGUGGACUUGGUUUCAGUGAGUUUCAGGAAAGUGAAGAACAAGAAGAAGCAGUUGGACAUUCCUCUGAAGAGAGUUCAGAGGACUCUGAAAGUGGCUCUGAGUCAGAACAAGAGGAGUCUGCAGAGGAGCUACAAGCUGCUGAAAAGCAUGAUGAGGCUGAGGUUCCAGAAAGCAAAAAAGAAGCAAAAAGCAACUAUAAAAUGAUGUUUGUUAAAGCCAGUGGUUCAUAACUGCAGAUGUAACAGCUUUGUAUUCCAAGUACAGUAAGCCUUAUUGUUACAGUGCAAAGUGGAGGACUGCUAUCCAGCACAAACCUUUGUAUUAUGAUUUUAAAAAGACCCCAUUAGAUGACAAAGUAGUAUUUGCUUUCUGUUGCCAUGGAUAACAUUUUUAUGGGCACAGUGGUAUUACUGGUUUUUGUAAAGCGUAUAAAAUACUGGAUGGAGAAAUAAACUCUUUUUGUUCCUGCCCAA